AUGACGACAUUCACACAUCAAUCAGAACUCAAGAAGUUGCCAAUCCCUGAUUUGGAAGAGACUGUUAACAGGUAUCUUGAAGUUCUCAAGCCUCUCCAGACUGAGGCAGAACACAAAGAUUCAAUUGAAGCAUGCAACAACUUUCUUCAAACUUCAGGACCAAUUCUUCAGAAGAAGUUGAUCGAAUACUCGAAAACAAAGGCUUCUUAUGUAGAGCAGUUUUGGUAUGAUUCAUAUCUCAAUUAUGAUAAUCCUGUGGUGUUAAAUAUCAAUCCUUUUGUCAUGAUUGAGGAUGAUCCAACACCUUUGAAAUCCACUCAAAUUUCAAGGGCUGCCAGCUUGACGGCAUCUGCACUUAGAUUUAUUCGAGCGUUACGGAAAAAGGAAUUGUCACCUGACAUGUUGAAAGGAAACAGGGCUUUGGAUAUGGAUCAAUACCCUAAACUUUUCGGUUCUGCAAGAAUUCCCACACAAUCAGGUUGCUUGCUACAGACUGACGAGCAGUCUAGGCAUAUUGUCGUGCUCAGCAGAUCUCAGUUUUAUUGGUUUGAUGUGUUGACAGAUGACGAUGAACUUUUAAUGAACGAAGAGGACAUCAGGAGAAACUUUAAACACAUCGUGCAGGAUUCUGAUAAAACAUCAAUUUCAGACCUUGCCAAAUCGAGUUUUGGUAUUCUUACUACUGAGAAUCGUCGUGUUUGGGCCAAGUUACGCCUCAAGAUGAAACAAAAUAAGACCAACAACAACAUACUUAAGAUUAUUGAUGAUGCUCUUUUCAUAAUUGUCUUGGAUAACAUUGCCACAGGGGAUGAUUUGACUAAAAUGGCAAAAAACUUUCUAUGUGGAGAAUCAAAAUUAGAAAACGGUGUUCAGGUUGGAACUUGUACGAACAGAUGGUACGAUAAGUUGCAGAUAAUUCUUACCAAGGAUGCAAAAUGCGGCAUAAACUUUGAGCAUACUGGUGUUGACGGCCAUACCGUUUUGCGAUUUGCUUCUGACAUCUACACAGACUCAAUCUUAAGAUUUGCAAAAACAAUCAACAAUAAUUCUCCCUCACUUUGGUCCUCAUACUCGCCAAAUCCGGAGCUGAACAAAUCAAAAUACACAAACAAAUAUAACUUUACACCAAGGAAGCUUGAAUGGGAGCUAACCACUGAUUUGUCGCUUGCUCUUCGGUUUGGAGAAACAAGGUUGAGCGACUUGAUCCAUCAGAAUGAAUUUGCAACAUUGGAAUUUAAAAGAUUUGCCAAGGAUAGGAUCAAGAGAAUGGGCAUGUCUCCAGAUGCUUUUGUUCAAAUGGGAUUUCAGCUUGCAUACUAUGCAUUAUACGGCAAGAUUGAAUCAACGUACGAGCCAGCAAUGACAAAAAUGUUUUAUCACGGAAGAACAGAAGCAAUUAGAACAGUUUCGGAGGAAUCAAAUAUGUUCGUUACAAAAUUUGUGGACGAUACUACAUCGGCUAAAGAGAAACUCGAGCUUUUAAAGGCAGCAUGCGAAAAGCAUCACUCAAGGACAAGUUACUGUGCCAAGGGGUUGGGACAAGAUAGGCAUCUUUACGCCCUUUUCUGUAUUUGGAAGAAGUAUUUCAGUGUGCCAUCUGAUGGAUCUGAGAAUGAGGAGGUCCGUUCUGAGUCCGAUGCAAGAACAUUAGAAUCUGACGAUGUCGCUGAUGGAGUUCAUGAUUCAUUAAAACUUGAUGAAAUGCCAUCCAUUUUUGCAGACGCCGGAUGGGAUAAGCUAAACAACACAAUUAUCUCCACUUCAAACUGUGGAAAUCCUUCAUUAAAAUUGUUUGGCUUUGGACCCGUGUCAUCCAAUGGUUUUGGCGUUGGAUAUAUUAUCAAGGAUAACUGGAUGACGAUAUGCGCAUCUUCUAAGCAUAGACAGACAAAGAGAUUUAUGAAAACAUUGAAUACCUCGUUCAAUGAAAUGGAAAGAGUGUAUAUUGAAGCAACUGAAGAUCAAAGCCAAAGAGGCAGAAGCGCUUUUUGGAAGCGGAAGCAGAACAAUCAGCAAAGCAGCGAGGAGAAAAUGCUAGCUGUACUUGCAAAGAGCGGAAUUCUAACAGGUGACUUAUUACGUAAAAAGUUGAAUAAUCUUGAAAAAGCGCAAAAAUCAGACAUAUUACAACUUCUCGGUGGUUUUGAUUCAUUCUCUUUGGAUUACAAGUCCGAUUUAAUCAAAUCCAGAGAACACUCACCAGAGCCACUUUUUAAAAAGGGAACGGGCCAAAAUGAAAUCAAUCAGAAGCUGAGACUUUCUGAGUAUUGA